AAGCUUUCGGCGCGUGUAACAUCCAAACAUCCAAGACACCAGAAAAAAGACAACAUCAAGCUGAACGCGAAUUAAAAAUUCGAAAAAUCCAAUAUUAAUAUUGAAACAAAGCGAGCGAAAAGUUGUUGGAAAGCAAAAAGCGGAAAAGGAAAAUCACAAGGCAAACAACAAGUUUACAAGUAAAAAGACCUUCGGAACAAUAAAAGGGUCUAUUAUUUUCUCGAGCUCCGCAAAGCAAUCGCCGGCAAGAUGGAAUGACCAGCGUUCGCUUAGUUGGCCCCCCAGAAAAUGCUGCCACAGCCAGCGGCAGCAGCAGCGGCAACAACUCCAUCAGCGGCAGCAGCAACCUCCGGAGCAGCGACACCUGCAACACCUGCGGCAGCGGGAGCUGCAGCUGCAGCAGCAGCAGCAUCAGCUAGGAAUGGCCAGCGACGUCGCGUGGAAGCAGCAACAGAAGGCUGCAACGGCAACAUCAACAGUAAUAGCAACAUCAACAGCAACAGCAACGGCAACAGCAACAGCAACAGCAACAUCGGCAACUGCAACACCAAGCUUGGCAGCAGCAACAGCAACAGCAACAACAACAACAACAACAACAACAACAACAGAUUAGGUCAAAUGCAUUCCAACGAUGAGCCGCCCAUGACGGUGAUCGUCGAUGGGGGCGGUGGCAGUGGCGUUUCCGGUGGGAGUGGCCACCGGCGCGGAAGCCGCAGGCUGCGCAAAACAAGUUCCUCCAGUGCCAAUGCGAAGUCAUCAUCGGGGAUGAACCCCGCGGCGACGGCGACAGCGACAGCGAGCAGCGGCGGUCAAAGGUCAUCGCAUCACCGCCAGACAUCGAACGCCUCGGGAUCCGAUCGAGAUGGCAGAGAAGGCAGCAGGCGCCGCUAUCCGGGAAGGGGGGAUCGCCAGGAGCAGCGGGAUCGCCGCGAGCGGCAGGAGCGGCAGGAGCAGCAGGCACCGCGUCGGCGGGCAGGUCGCCGGCACAGUGGAGCCUCCUCGCUGAGCGACGCCGCAGCAGCAGCAGCGGCAGCAGCGGCAGGUGGGCGGUCGCGGGGCGGCGGCGGCGGAGCGGUCAGCUCUUCGACCGCCUCCAGCUGCAAUGGGAGCUGCAGCUCCGACGACGGCGACUCCUCGCAGACCUCCUCCUCCAGCUCGUCCAGUUCGUCCGGGGAGCCGAACCUGCCGUAUCCGGGAUUCCCCGAGAUCUCCAUGAAGGCGCUGACGCAGUACACCCGGCCACGCAACUGGUGCCUGAUGCUCAUCACCAAUCCGUGGUUCGAGCGCGUCUCCAUCCUGGUCAUCCUGCUCAACUGCAUCACCCUCGGAAUGUACCAGCCCUGCGUGGACGACGCCUGUGUCACGAACCGCUGCAAGAUCCUCCAGAUCUUCGACGACAUCAUCUUCGCCUUCUUCGCCUUGGAGAUGACCAUCAAAAUGGUGGCCAUGGGCAUGUGCGGCAAGAACACUUACCUGGCGGACUCGUGGAAUCGCCUGGACUUCUUCAUCGUCCUCGCCGGCCUGCUGGAGUACGUUAUGCAUGUGGAGAACCUCAACCUGACUGCCAUUCGAACGAUUCGCGUGCUACGUCCCCUGCGGGCCAUCAACCGAAUACCGAGCAUGCGGAUACUGGUGAUGCUCCUGCUGGACACCCUGCCCAUGCUGGGCAACGUCCUGCUGCUCUGCUUCUUCGUGUUCUUCAUCUUCGGGAUCAUCGGAGUGCAGCUGUGGGAGGGGAUCCUGCACCAGCGCUGCAGCCUGGACCCUCCCACCGGCGUGAUCUAUCCCAUCACGGGACUACCUGAAGUGUACAGAGUUCGAGUCCGUGUUAACUCCCUGUCGCAGUACUACGAGUUCUCCAAGGAUCAGGACUACAUCUGCUCCACGCCCAACGAUUCGGGUAUGCAUCUCUGCGGCAACUUUCCACCGUACCGCAUCGGUUCGCUGGUCUGCAAUGAGGAGGCCAAGCUGUUCGACUUCAACGAGCCGACGAACACGUCCUGCGUCAAUUGGAACCAGUACUAUACCACCUGUAAGCAGAGCGGGGAGAAUCCCUUUCAGGGAACCAUUUCCUUCGACAACAUCGGAAUGGCCUGGGUGGCCAUAUUCCUGGUCAUCUCGCUGGAGGGCUGGACGGACAUAAUGUAUUACGUGCAGGAUGCGCACAGCUUUUGGGAUUGGAUAUACUUUGUGCUGCUGAUUGUGAUUGGCUCGUUCUUCAUGAUCAACCUGUGCCUGGUCGUCAUCGCCACGCAGUUCUCGGAGACGAAGAAGCGGGAAAUGGAGCGGAUGCGCCAGGAGCGGGCCAGGUACACCUCCACCUCGACCUUGGCCAGCAGCACAAACAACUCGGAGCCGGCCACCUGCUACGCGGAGAUCGUCAAAUACAUCGCCCACUUGUGGCGCCGCUUCAAGAGACGAAUGUUAAAGAAGUACAGAUUAUAUAAGUACCAGAGGCAGCAGCGCAAGGAGGGUCUCCUGCCCAACGCCGACAAUCUGACCUUCUCGCCGUCGCGGAUCAAGUGCCACCAUCCGAAGUGCCCCAAGUACAGUAAUCGCAAGCCGUCCAGCAUUCAGGAUCAGAUGAUUACCGUCAUGGUGCCGCUCAAUUCGGCCAGCAACAACAAUAACAAUAACAACAACAACAGCAACAGCAGCAACCACAACGGCAGUGGGAACAACCACAACGGUGGUGGCAACAACAACGCCCCCAGCUGCACCACAGUGGCUCUGGUCAAUGGAAUAAACGGCAGUGCUGCCAGUGUGACCAUGUCCUCGGCGCACCACCAGCAGCAUCAGUUGCUGCAACAGCAGCAGCAGCAGCAACAUCAGCAGCAGCAGCAGCAGCAGCAACACUCCUCCUCCGACAACACUGAACAAUCGCUGGCCGCAGAUGGGAUUCCCCGGAGCUCCUCGCUAAAGAAGUCCACCGCCCACCAUCAACUGAAGCCGGAGGGGCGUGGCGCCGAGCAGAAAACGAUUCUGCUCAAGUUCCCGCAGCAGAUGAUCGACUCCGAGCAGCUAAUCCUGCAGUUGGGAAAUUUAGGCAAGAGCCACCCGUGCACCUCGGGCUUCCUCAGUCCGCCCACCUCGGCCAGCCGGCGGCCGUCGGUGAUGUUCAACGAGUACGUGCUCCUGCACACGCCCCCCGCCCUCUCCGCUGACCCCGCGGCGGCGGGCUCCAACUCCGCGGCGGCGACCACAGUGGCCACCGUUGCGGGAACCGUUGCUGCUGCAGCUGCAGCGGCGAGUGCCAGCGGCGGCGGCAACAACAUCAGCGGUUCCGGCCUCAACAACCACCAGAGCAGUGCCGCCAGUGGGGCAGGUGGGGCAGCAGCCGGGGGAGGAGCCACUGAGAAAAGCAACAUUUUCUCCACGGAGAAAAUGACCCAGGCCGGCGAUGGCAGCAUCUGGCAGGUUAACCUGCCGCAGACCAUCGGCACCAUCGCCAAUCCCUAUGCCGAUUGCUCGGAACUGGGUAUACACGACGCGAUGACUUGUCAAGAGCUCUUAGCAUUCUCAGUGGCCUUUUCAGCGGCCCUGCCGACGGGCCAGAGUACGCUAGAGUCCUUCUACACAUCGCUGGCCCGCUGCGAUCCCCACACCGCCGAGGCGCUGCGGGCCCACCACAACAAGCCGCGCUCCUUGGCGGCGGCGGCGGCGGGUCAGGGCCAAACGCCGCCAAACGGCACCGAAGGAGCCACCGUGGUGGUGGCCUCGACGGCCGGCGAUCCCGGCCAGCAGCUCGAGCCCACGACGGUGUCGGCCGUUGUGGGCGGGCCCGACGAUACCCACGCGGCGAACCACCGUCGCAAGGAGCACCACCAGCAGCAGCAGUCGCACGGGCCGCACCACCACCACAAUAACAACAACACGACGAGCCACAGCCGGAACUACCGGAGCUCCCGGCAGGCGCAGGGCAACUCGCGUGCGGCUCGGGAGGCGCGUGCCCCCACCGGGAACUACAUGGAGGACUACGCCUGCUGCUACGAUCUCUACCAGAACGCCCUGUCGCCGCUGGACGAGCGGCCCAGGCAGAGAUCGCCGUCGACCCGCUGCCUGAUCGCCGUCUACCGCUGCCUGUCGCGCGUCUGCAGCUGGGUGCGCCGCUACAUAAGGCGGCUGGUGGAGCACAAGUACUUCCAGCAGGGCAUCCUGCUGGCCAUCCUGAUCAACACCCUGUCCAUGGGCAUCGAGUACCACAACCAGCCGCCCGAGCUGACCGCCAUUGUGGAGACGAGCAACGUCGUCUUCUCGGGCAUCUUCGCCGUCGAGAUGCUGCUCAAGGUGAUUGCCGAGGGACCGUUCCGUUACAUAGCGAACGGGUUUAAUGUCUUCGAUGGCAUUAUCGUGAUCCUCAGUGCCAUUGAGAUCUGCCAGACGUUCAUGGGCAACGGUACGGGGGGCGGUGGCUCCGGUCUGUCCGUGCUUCGGACCUUCCGGCUGCUCCGCAUCCUCAAGCUGGUCCGCUUCAUGCCCAACCUGCGCCGACAACUGUUCGUGAUGCUUCGCACCAUGGACAACGUGGCCGUCUUCUUCUCCCUGCUUGUCUUGUUCAUCUUCAUUUUCAGCAUACUCGGCAUGUAUCUGUUUGGCGGUAAGUUUUGUAAAUUUUUGGACGAAUCCGGACUCGAACGCGAGUGCACGUGUCCCGAAAUAAUCAGCCGGCAUCCGCAAUGCGAGUGCGAUCGCAAACACUUCAACAACAUUUUAUGGGCCACAGUCACAGUAUUCCAAAUACUGACGCAGGAGGAUUGGAACGUCGUCCUAUUCAACGGAAUGGAAAAAACGAGUCAUUGGGCCGCACUGUACUUUGUGGCCCUAAUGACGUUCGGCAAUUAUGUGCUGUUUAAUUUAUUGGUGGCCAUUUUGGUUGAGGGAUUCAGUUCAGAGCGAAAUGAACGUCGCGAGCGCGAACAGCGCGAGUUGGUUAAGAAACUGCGCGAGGAGACGCUGGCCGAGAACUACAGCGAUGGUAUGUACGAUGAGUCGCGGAGCGAGGCGGACUCCUCGACCACCAACGAUAGUUACUACGAGGUGCGCAACCGCUGGCGAUCGGCGGAGGAUGUGCGCAAGCUGCAGGACUCCGCCGAGCUGAUCAUCGAGGCCAAGAGCAACAUGCACCGCCAGCGCCUGCUGCAGCCCACCCACGACUACCAGAUCAACGAGCUGCCCGCCUCGACUGCCGCUCCCUCGUCUUCCCUCGCCGCCUCUGGCUCCUCGACCACCGAUCGGGAGAGGGACAGGGACAGGGACAGGGAGAGGGAGCGGGACAGGGAGACGGGCGGCGGCGGCGGGAAGGAGGAGGGGGCACAGCACGCCAAGCCGCGCGGCGGCCUCAAAAAGACAUACUCCAUCAAGGAGCGGCGCAGCGAGGCGCCGCGCCUCUCCAAGAUCCGGCUCGUCCGGGAUCCGCCCAUCAUCACGACGACGGCGGCCACGCCCCAGGACUCGCCCAGCACCACGCUGGAGCCGGGCAUGAGCUUCCGCCAGUGGGGCGACAUGGAGCCACCCAGUCCGCCGUCGCCGUCGCUGCUGCGACCUCCGAACAUCUUCACCGGCGGACAGCGCAGCCUGGACGAGGGCAUCCCCUCCAUCGAUCUCAUUCCGCCCUCGCCCGUGCUGGCCCACAAGCCCCUCAACAUCCUCAACGCCAGCCAGCUGGGCGUCGGCGUCGGAGGGGGCGGGGUCAACAGCGCCGCCGGCAGCUCGGCCAGCAUGCACAGCGUGAUCAUCGACGACAUCUCGAAGAGCUCCGGCUCGCCGGCGGCGGCCACGCCCAUCUACGUGCCGACCAUCUCCUCCUCGGCGGAGGCGCAGAGCCAGAGCCACAGCCUGAACGACGUGAGUCUCGGCGGCGGCGAGGUGGCAAGGGGCACCAACACAGGCGCCUCCACCAGCGGCAGUUCGUCCAGCGAGCGCCUCCCGCUGGCGACGCCUGCGCAGCAUCUGCAUCAGCAGCAGCAGCAGCAGCAGCAAGGCUUCAAGCAGCGCCUGAGGCGGGGCAGCUCCAGGAAGCGGCGCUCCUCCACGGCCACCGAAUACGGCGGCAACCGGCGAACCCAGCAGGAGGAGGAGGAGGAGCAGCAGCAGCUGAACAACGGCGGCGACAGCAGCUGCCUGCUGAGGAGCAGCAGCGCCGUGGGCGGCGGCGGUGGCAGCCAGGGAGGCGGCGCCAAGGAGACGAACCGCCUCAGUCCGCAGAACUCGAUCAGGAGGCUCUCGAACACGCUGAGCAUCGGCAGCGGCAGCGGCCCAGUGGGCAGCCGGCGGGCCUCGGCCUGCAUCUUCAACUCGCAGGUGUACCAGAACCUGAACCUCAACCAGCCGCCCAAGCUGCGGGGCGUGGGGGCGGGGCAGCGCAGGAUGAGCUCCAUCGAGCUGGCGUUCAGCAAGACCUCGCACCUGAACCUGCACAACCUGGAGGCGAACCGCAAGUCGCUCUCGUACACGAACUCCAAGAUGGACCUGGACAAGUGGAACAAGUCGUACGGCAACCUCAACGACCCGGACAACAUGCUGCAGCAGUACAUGGAGGCGCGCGACAAGCGCAAGAACUCCAUCAGCCACUACAACCUGAAGAAGCGGCUCGAGGAGAAGGAGCUGCAGCAGCUGCAGCAGCUCCACCAGCAGCAGCUGCUCCAGCAAAGGCAGGACUCCUUCUCCUCGACCGCCCCGCAGCAGCAGCACCUGCAGCAGCACCGCCUGUCCAAGGACCAACAGCAGCAGCAGCUGGCGAUGCAGCCACAUUCCAUGGUGCCGGGGGGCGGGGAGCGCUACUCCAAGCUCAAGGUGCUCAUCGAGCAGCUCACGCCCAAGCACUUCACCACCGAGCGCGAGGACUACUCGCUCUACAUAUUCCCAGAGGACAACAGGUUCCGGCAAAUCUGCACGUGGUUCGUCAACCAGAAGUGGUUCGACAACGUGGUCCUGCUGUUCAUCGCGCUCAACUGCAUCACCCUGGCCAUGGAAAGACCAAACAUCCCUCCUAGCAGCACCGAAAGAUUGUUCCUGGCCACAGCCAAUUACGUGUUCACCGUUGUCUUCACCGUCGAAAUGUUCAUCAAGGUGGUGGCCACGGGAAUGUUUUACGGCCACGACGCCUACUUCACGUCCGGCUGGAAUAUCAUGGACGGAUCUUUGGUUACCAUUUCCAUAAUUGAUUUGUUAAUGUCCCUGAUUAGCGAAUCGAGUCCGAGGAUAUUUGGGAUUUUAAGGGUGUUUCGACUACUCCGAUCCUUGCGGCCGCUGCGGGUGAUCAACCGAGCCCCGGGUCUGAAACUAGUCGUGCAAACGCUCUUAUCGUCCCUGCGUCCCAUCGGCAACAUCGUCCUGAUCUGCUGCACCUUCUUCAUCAUCUUCGGCAUCCUGGGCGUCCAGCUGUUCAAGGGCACCUUCUACUACUGCGAGGGCGAGAACAUCAAGGGCGUGCGGAACGCGGACGAGUGCCGCCGGAUCCCCGGGAACGUGUGGACCAACCGGAAGUACAACUUCGACGACCUUGGCAAGGCCCUGAUGUCCCUGUUCGUCCUGAGCUCGCGCGACGGCUGGGUAAACAUCAUGUACACGGGCCUGGACGCCGUCGGCGUGGACCAGCAGCCCAUCGUGAACUACAACGAGUGGCGGCUGCUCUACUUCAUCGCCUUCAUCCUGCUGGUGGGCUUCUUCGUGCUCAACAUGUUCGUCGGCGUGGUGGUGGAGAACUUCCACCGGUGCCGCGAGGAGCAGGAGAAGGAGGAGAAGAUCCGGCGGGCGGCGAAGAGAGCGCUGCAGAUGGAGAAGAAGCGGCGCAGGAUGCACGAGCCGCCCUACUACACCAACUACUCGCCCACCAGGAUGUUCGUGCACAACGUGGUGACCUCGAAGUACUUCGACCUCGCGAUCGCCGCCGUGAUCGGCCUGAACGUGGUCACCAUGGCCAUGGAGUACUACAAGAUGCCCAACCCCCUGAAGUACGCCCUCAAGAUCUUCAACUACUUCUUCACGGCGGUGUUCAUCCUGGAGGCCAACAUGAAGCUGGUGGCCCUCGGCUGGAAGCUCUACCUGAAGGACCGCUGGAACCAGCUGGACGUCGGCAUCGUCCUGCUCUCGAUCGUGGGCAUCGUGCUGGAGGAGCUGGAGACGAACAUCAUACCCAUCAACCCGACGAUCAUCCGGGUGAUGCGCGUGCUGCGCAUCGCGCGGGUUCUCAAGCUCCUCAAGAUGGCCAAGGGCAUCCGCGCCCUCCUCGACACCGUGAUGCAGGCGUUGCCCCAGGUGGGCAACCUGGGCCUGCUCUUCUUCCUGCUCUUCUUCAUAUUCGCGGCGCUGGGCGUGGAGCUGUUCGGGCGACUCGAGUGCUCCGACGAGAUACCCUGCCAGGGACUGGGCGAGCACGCGCACUUCGCCAACUUUGGCAUGGCUUUCCUCACAUUGUUUCGCGUAGCGACUGGCGACAAUUGGAACGGCAUCAUGAAGGACACGCUGAGGGAUAACUGCGAUGACGCGGCCGAUUGCGUGCGCAAUUGCUGCGUCAGCUCGGUUAUUGCUCCCAUAUUCUUUGUGAUAUUCGUGCUGAUGGCGCAAUUCGUGUUGGUGAACGUCGUCGUGGCUGUACUGAUGAAACACCUCGAGGAGAGCCACAAGCAAAUGGAAGACGAGCUCGACAUGGAGGUGGAGCUCGAGCGCGAGCUGGUGCGCGAGCAGGAGUUCGCCCAGGAGCAAAAGUUGUGCCAGCAGCUGGCGGAGGCGCAAUCGAAGGCGGCCGCUCCCCCGCGCCCCCUCGCCAAGGUCAAGUCCCUGCCGAAGAACUUCAUCUACAGCACGCCCUCGCUGGACAAGAAGUUCCCCCUUGUUCCCGGCGGCUCAAUUGCGGCCGCAGCCGCAUCCGGGAAUCCCAGCUCGAGCCUGACCAGCUCGGCGGCCACGAACCUCAACCAGGUGGCCGGCGGUGGAUCGUCGGGUGGCGGGGGUGCGGGCUCCGGAGCGGCAUCUGUGACGUCUGGAGUUGGAGCUGGAGCUGGAGCUGGACAACGACGGCAGACCGUUCAGUACUUCCAGCAGCCACCGCAAUCCAUGCUCGGCUUGAGUCUGGCCGAGAUGGGCGGCACGCUGACGCCUCAGGCGCUCGGCGCCCGGCUGGGCGAGCCCUUCGGCGGCCCAGCGACGGCAGCGGGAGGCGUUGGUGGUGGAACGGGCGAAACGCUGGCCGUGGGCGUGGCCGGCCUCCCGCUGCCGCCGCUGGACAGUCGUCGCCGCGGGCGACGCGCCUCCGCGGCCGCCGGCUUCCGCAAGCGCGGCGUGCUGUCCAAGGAGCGCUCACUGGACGAGCAGGCCAUCCGACGACGCAACCUGGAGGCCAAGCGCACCAGCUGCGACUCGCUGCCCUGGGGCGGGGACGCCCUCGACUGCCGCAGGGGCACGAUCUUCGAGAGCCUCGAGUCGGACGGGGGUGGAGUGGGGGGUGGUGGUGGAGGAGGAGGAGGAGGAUUUGGAGUGGGCUCCUACGACCUGCGCAGUGUGCGCAGCGCGGACGUGGGCCACACGGACCCAGACGCAGCGGACGUUUCCCUGGCGGUGGUCAGUGCCCUGGUGCCUUCGGUGGCGCCACUGCCCCCGCCCCUGUCCCUGCCCACGCCCACGCCCAUGCCCAUCGUGGCGCAUCCGCAUCCGCAGCAUCCACAGCAUCCGCAGCAUCAGCGCAGACCCUUCGGCUGGUCGCAGUCGGUGGACCAGGGAUGCCUGCGCAGCAGUCUGCUGCUCUCCGUGCCCAGAUCCAUGCCGCCGCGCAGCCGCAGCGGCAGCACCAAGCAGCUCUUCAAGCAGCAGGCCCUCGACGAGGACGCCGACAUGGACGAGAGCUCGCUGCUGUUGCCGGCGGCCGCCGGAGGAUCGGUCUCCGGAUCGGGAUCGGUAUUGGGAUUGGGACUGGGAUCAGGACCUGGAUCUGGGUCUGGAUCUGGAUCGGGAUCGGGAUCUAGUCCCGGAUCGGCGGCCGUCAUCAGCUCGGGCUCGCUGGACCUGCCCGAGCAAGGCGGCAGUCCGAAAAUGCCGGCCAACGUCGCCACGGGGAUCGUCAGCAAGUCCGACUCCUCGGACAUCCUGCGCAUCAUCAGCGAGCGGCGGCGCAUGGAUCAGCGGGAGCAGCGGGACAACGAACAGGAUCAGGAUCAGGACAUCGAGGCGGAGGACAGCGACUACAAGGAGCUGCUCCUCGUCAAGUCGCCACAGUCAUCCGUGGACUAAACGCAAGCACACACACACACACACACACUCUCUAGAUCCUUUCAAGUAUGUAGUAAUCUAUCCAAGGCCGGGUUUACAACUGAAGUGGAUACUGAAGAGCUGAUUAGCACGGAUUCUAGCCAGGGUAACGGUUAAGAUAGUCACUGUUCCAAAAUACCAAUUGCUGUAAUGGAAUCUAAUGCAAUCUGGGUCUUAACGAAUCCAUUAAGUGAGCUAAGUCGAUCCCCAAGCAACUUUUCCACUGACAAAAUCUCUGUAGUGUAAAUCUGGCCGCCAUUAAAGAGUACUUUAGGGAAUUUUCUACAAAUUAUAACUAUAAAAUAAGGCUCUAGGCAUAAAGAUCGAUGUGGUGAUGUGGUGAGAGAACCCAAGUAAUGAUAAGUCGAUGACAGUUUCACUAUAAACGAUUGAACGGAAAUGUUACAUGGCAAGCUCAAAGCCACAAAAAAAAAAAAAACAAGAUGAAGUCAAAAAAAAAAAAAAAAAAUCGAUGGAAUGAAAGGCUAGCAGGCUUAUGUAAUUGACAACUGUUUUUAGUGCAAUCCUACGGUUUUCAUAACUUUAACAAGCAGAACUCAAGCGAAGAACCCUAAAAAAAACUAAAAGACCGUGAUAGAUCCGGUCAGAGAGAUAUGAUAGCUAAGUUUCAAGUUGAUUAGAGUGUUUUCCGUUUAAAUGUAGCAGUCGAAAACGAAGAUACCCCAGGCGAUGCUGGAUUAUAUACAAGUGUUAUAUGCGAUUUACAUAUAUACAGUUAUAUUACAUAUACAUAUAUAUAGAUACGAGUAUGAUACUUAUAGGGAUACUGCAUUCGAACAAAACUGAUGGAAAUUUGUGAAGGAAGAAUCAUCAACUCUGUGAUUAGCUCUUAAAGUUAAAACGUUUAUAUGAGAAGCCGUGCAGACACCAGAAAACACACCACAUGCUAUCUGUAUAUAGAAAGCCUGUACGUGAACCCAUGUAUCUUAGCCAAAGGGAAAACUAAUUGAAGGGAAUGAUGCCGACGAGAAGCGUCAGAGCGAACCCAAUGAUAAGCAAUAGAGAACUGUAGCUCUUAAGAUCGUACCUAACCUAAAAACGAAUAUAGCUGCGUUGUUGCAGGGUUAAGAACGCCCAACAAAAAAAGGAUACGGAAAAGGGGAAACCAAAAAUAAGAACUUUGUGCAAACGAAUUUACUUAGGAACGUAAACACACACACAGACAAACACACCAACACCAACACCCACACCAACACCCACAACCAAACAGGUAGCUAUUACGAUCCGGUCGACAAUCUUCACAAAUCUCCCCCUGUCUGUCCCUCUAUCUUCUUCUAAAGGCUUCCAAAUCUUCCGUGGACUAAAGACCAAAAGACCCUGGCCCCCAAAAGUGCAGAUAUCCGAAACACAGUGCCAACGCAGUAAGGGCAUUCGAAAUGUUAUUUUUUUUUAAAAAAAAAAAAAAAAAAAAGAUAUCUCAAAUCUAACCGAAGAAAAAGCAAAGAUGGCAGCAACAACUACAAGAUGAACUUUAAAAAGUAGCAUUUAUAAAGAAAAACCAAGAGAAACGUAGUAGAAAUUUAAAGAUUAAUGUUUAAUGACUAUAUAUAGUGUAUGUGUAUAUAUGGAACUAUCAACGAAUUACAAUAGAGUAUCAAGAUAUUUCUUCAGAAGGCAACCUUAAACAAGACAAAGAAGCGAGAAAUCGAUAAGAACACUAACUUAACACUGUCAAUUUUUCAACAUGGUCUUAGCUAAUUUUUCAAGGAAAACCAAAGAAAACAAUUUUACACUCUUUGUACACACUAUAAAAAACGAAGUGAACGAGCUCUCCAGUUUAGAUAAACUUUAAAAUCAAACUUAGCAAACGAUUUGGGCGAACGCGAGGAAAAUAAGAAGCAACAAAUUUAAUUAUACGAUAAUUUCAUCUGUGCCUUUCUCUACGAAUAUAUCUCAAGAUAUAUAUAUAUAUAUGUAUAUAUAUACAUUUAUACAUAUGUGACAAACACUGACUCUAUCUCUGUCUAAUCCCUACUCUCUAUCGCUCUCUGUCGCACACCUACUCAUCAAACUCUCCACACCAAACGGACACAAUACAAGCAGUGCGAAAUGUAACGGUGAUGGCAAGCAGUGCCUCGCGUAGCUGAAAAUGCAACUCUGAAAACUAUAUAUUGUAUGAGGCAGGACGAAGGAAUAUUAACGUAAAACAAAACAAUAUAACUACAUAAGCCUACUAAUAAUGAAUACCGAAAAUACAAAAAGCAACAUAAAAGUAAAAAUACAAGUAAAAUUAAACGAAAGCAUGAAGUUUAUAGGUUAAUGCGCUAGUAGUUUUGAACGUUUUUUUUUUGUAAUUUUUUAAAAUAGCUGCUUCGAAGUAAACCAAAUGAAACUAUAUCCGUUUUUGGUUUUAGUUGUGUGUGUCAGUUUUUUGUGCGAAGCGUCAAGCAACUAUAAAAACGUUUCUUCUUGUUGAUUAAUAAUUAGGUAAACUGCUACAAAACAUAAGUUAAUUUGUAAUAAAAAUGGAAACAUAAAGAAAAACAAACAAAAGCCAUCAACAAAUUUAGAGAAAAGAGUUAAAUUUAAAUGAAUGCCAUAACGGCCAAAGAAACGCAAAACUAAGCAAAUUUGCUUUUAGCUCCAUGCUGGUACAAGAGACCCCAUUAAGCCCGUAAUUCUUUGCAAAGUAAAAUAAGCCAAUUAAAUGUGAAUUUGUUUAAGAAGGGACAUAAGAAACUAAGCACUAUCCUCUGAUGCAAAGACGGCAACCGAAACUCUGUUAGACAAAUAGUCAAUAGCCACGUUGUAAUCAUUUCGUUGCGUACCCUUUGCGUAUAAUUUGAAUGGUUCGAUUGGUUCCACUAGAUACGUACAUAUAUACUGAGAACACAUACUAUGUAAAGCAGCGAAGCGAAACCAAAAAACGAGCAUUAAAAAUUAAAGAGAAUUUGAAAUGAACGGAUAAA